AUGUCUAUAGAAAAAGUGUGUAUAAUAACUGGUUCAAGUUCAGGUCUUGGACUCCUUACAGCUAAAAAAACGGAAGAUUUCGGUAGUGAAUGUGAAGUAUUUGCUGCCACGUCUAACACUCUUAAUGGUAAAACUGGAGUAUUUAUGUCUGAUAUGAAAGAAGCACGUUCAAGCGAAGAAUCGUACAAUGUAGAGAAUGCAAAACGAUUAUGGGAUUUAAGUGAACAAUUGACACAUCAAAAUAUUUGA